GGAGCUGUCCUGUUAUCAACGAACACGAAAUCGAAAUUUUCGCGCGAAAUUAAGCAAAGCGGAGAUCUACAAAAUCUCAAUCAAAAUGCCAAGGGUCUGGUGCUUUGGGUUGUUAAUUUGCCUUAGCCUUCUCCCUGGAGUUGUCUCUUGGGGAAAAGAUGGGCACUUUGCGGUUUGUAAGAUCGCAGAGGGCCUUUUGACUGACGAAGCUAUGUUGGCUGUUAAGAUGUUGCUUCCGGAAUCUGCUAAUGGUGACUUCGCUUCGCUUUGUUCUUGGGCUGAUGAGAUUCGCCAUUGGUACCAUUGGCGCUGGACUAGUCCACUGCAUUAUCUUGAUACACCGGAUUUCAAGUGCAAUUACUAUUACUGUCGUGACUGCCAUGAUUCUUAUGGCAAGAGAGACAGAUGUGUUUCUGGGGCAAUAUAUAACUAUUCUACACAGUUGGAAGCCUAUCAACGCCCUGAAUCAGAAGAGAAAUAUAAUCUUACAGAGGCUCUUUUGUUCUUAUCACACUUCAUCGGUGACAUUCAUCAGCCAUUACAUGUUGGUUUCACAGGAGAUGAAGGCGGAAACACAAUAAUAGUUCAUUGGUAUAGGCGAAAGUCAAAUUUACAUCAUAUAUGGGAUAACAUGAUCAUUGAGACUGCAUUGAAGAAGUUCUACAACUUGGAUAUCAAAACAAUGGUGCAAGGCAUCCAAUCAAAUAUUUCAGACGACUGGUCUACUGUAGUUCCUUCAUGGAAAGAUUGUGACUUCAAUCAGACAGCUUGUCCAAACCUUUACGCUUCUGAGAGCAUUCAGUUAGGUGCAAGUUGCAUACAGGAAUGCCACUGCCUGGAAGCACUCUCGGAGAUGAAUACUUCCUCUCUCGCCUGCCAAUUGUAGAGAAGAGGCUCGCCCAAGGUGGGGUUCGCCUUGCUGCCACCCUCAAUCGCAUAUUUCUUCGCCGUCGUUCUUCCAUCUCUGCAGCCUAAUGGAAAAACUUACGUAGAUCACUGAUAUGACCAAACUUUGCUUCACAAGUCUUUCGCCUUGCUCUCAUCUUUGCAUAGCUUCCCCCUUAAUCUUUCUAGCUCCAUGAAGAAAUGCAGAAGGGAAGCAGAAGCAACUUUAAUGUUUUCUUCAGUUAUUACCUGCAAAGCUUUCUUUGAUUAGUUUCAGAAGAUGCCUAUGUUUAUUCUGGAAUCUGCAAUGUCAUUAGCUUGUAGAAACCAAAAGCUUCUACAUGUGAGAUAAUUGAACAAGAGUUUUUGCACUCAAAGGGACGUGUUUGUGUGUAUAUUGCCUUUAUUUGCUUCA